CUUACCGAGAAGUUCAGUUGGGCGCACAGUGAUGGGCUUCUUUCUAAUAAUAGUUGCCUUGAGUGGAUCCUCGGCGAGAUGAAAAUGUGUCGAUAGUCAAAAGAAGUGCACGAACUUUUCGUCCAUGUGAAGAGACCAGAGACUGUAAAAGAGACGCAUUUUAAAGCGGACAGCUGUCAGGGGCGCGUCAGCUCCAGCGAAACGCAGUCAAUUUCAAUUUCUUUUGUUUUCCACGAUUUUGCAGUUUUAACGAUACACGAACAAGUUGAUGUAAAAUCUUACACAACUUUAUUUUUUCUUUUAUACAACUUUUCUUUCUGUUGAACAUAACUGUGAUGCAGUUUUUAGAUUGCUGAAAUGCAGCAGGAGCGCUUACUCAAAGUACUCGUCAUUGGAGAUUUAGGAGUGGGGAAAACGUCCAUCAUAAAGCGUUAUGUCCAUCAGAUUUUUUCUCAACAUUACCGCGCAACCAUCGGUGUCGAUUUUGCUCUGAAAGUCCUGAAUUGGGAUCACAGGACAGUCGUUCGACUGCAGCUGUGGGACAUCGCAGGACAAGAGAGGUAUGGGAACAUGACACGAGUGUACUACCGAGAAGCCGUCGGGGCGUUGGUGGUUUUUGACAUGACCCGUGUCUCCACUUUCCAAGCUGUGUUAAAAUGGAAAAAAGAUCUCGAUUCUAAAGUGGCCUUGGGCAAUGGACGUCCCCUGCCAGCUGUCCUGCUGGCCAACAAGUGUGACCAGCAGAGAUAUGGGUUGUGUUCCAAACUGCCUAAACUCGACCAUUUCUCCAGGGAUCACGGCUUUGUGGGCUGGUACGAGACAUCUGCGAAGGACAACACAAACAUCGAUGCAGCCAUCAUGCGUCUUGUAGAAAACAUAAUGGCCGUUGAGGAGGAGAAUGUUCCCGUGGAAUCAGACCCCAGUGUGCUCAUCCUGCCUGCUUUUGAUUAUAAUCUAAAGGAGCGCAGUGAGUCUAGAUGUUCAGUCUGCACAAAAUUCCAGUCCAGCACAAAACCUCACAGUGAAUUAUAGAGUGAGACGAUGAGAAGAGAGAGAAGAUUGGGAGAGAAAAAUACAGUGAGAAACAGAACGGUCACACCCUUUGUUGGGCCUUCAAAUUGUGCUGAACUAAGCCUUUGUGGGCAAGACAAGACCAUGAUGCCUUAACACUUACACGUUCUUACUUUUUCACAUGCCAGAAACAACAGUGUCAUCAAUAAAACAUGCAGCGUUUACACAGAGUUUUCUCUGAUAAAUACUUAAUGUUGUAGACUCACAACUAAAAAAGGCUCUUGCGGUUUUACUGCGCUCACGACUGCAUCAACUUUGUGCUUGUUAAAGCCUCUGCACAAAAAAAUCUGUUGUUCAACAGUUUCCGUAUUUUGUGUUCUCCGUUUAUUUAAGGUUGUGAAUUUCAUUAUGGGACUGUAAUCUUUGCUAUGUCGAUUUUUGAUGUCGAAAAUUCAACUCCACAGUCUAACAACGUGACUUUUGUUAAUAUAAUAUAAUGUAUAAGAAAUAAUAUAGAGAGAAAUAAGUCUGUAAAAUAACAGAAAUGUACUGGCAGUUUAUUAAAAGGAUUUUUGUACCGUAAAAUACACAACUCACUCCGAAAACGUACCGCUAUAUGCAUUUCUGGAGAGCGCCAAGGUCAAGGAGGUAAUGUUUUACAGCUUUUGUUUUCGCGAAUCCACCAGAGGUCGCUGUGGAAGCUUUUUGAGAUCUAAAAUGUCUCUCGCUAUUGGAGUAGGACUGCCUGCAAGACAGGGGCUUAACAUGAAAAGACCUUUAGGGCAUAACUUAGUAACACAGCCAGGAAUGUAGACACCUUCCCAACACUAAACCCAACCAUCAGAGUUAAAAACGUACAGCCACAAGUUGCAGAGGCUUUCAUACUUGACACGCUCGGCAUUGUACUGUUAUUUGCAACCACAGGGGGCGAUGCAGAGCAGGCUAACUGUCAUGACAAAAUGGAUGAUGAAGUCAGUUAGUGGAGUUGCUAAAUGAACGAAUAUAACAAUAUAUCAAAUGCACAGGUUGGGGAUAAAUUUGGAGAAAACUCAUGAAACAUUUGCUGACAAUGUUCUCUGGUAUUUCCACCAUCUUGCCAACAAUAUCUCGUUGUGACGUCUCGCAUGGUUCAAUGGGAUCUCGAUAACUGCAAGUUACGCUUCUAACUUACUACAAGUUAUGCCCUUUCAUUUUAUGCCCCUGUCUUGCAGUCCGCAGACAGAUACACUUGCGCGAGUGUUAUUCGCACCUGCUGUUCUCGUGUAAGUCCACCUGUCGACUGACUUACUGACCGAUCGACUGAGCACCCUCCUCCUUCCCUAAACCCAACCAAUAGUGUUUUAAAAAGCACCGAUUGACCAGUGCCCACCCACUUCUCUAAACCCAACCAACAGUUUUAAAAAGCAAUCUAGAAAAAGAAAAGCCCUCACCGCAGCCUGAUUUUUUUUUUUUACCAGGUUUUCAGAUUUUACCACAUUCUCACCCUGUCAUUUACAUGUUUAUUUUAUUUUUUGCCUUUUGUUUUUGUCUUACUCGCUUCCUGGAACCAUUGUUUGCCAGACUCGAACCUCGUCGUCUUGGUCAACUCUUCUCUGCGUCUACAUGGCGAGCUACAAACUGGUAACAGUCACCCUUUCAAACUGUUCAAGGUUGAAAGUUGUUGGAAUAAAGAUCAAGGACCCAAAAUGCAAUUCAAAAUCAUAAAUAAAUGAGGAAAAAAUUAAAUAAACAAAGACAUUAAACACAAAUUAUGGAAGACUGCUAGUUUUACAGUGUGGCUUAAAGAGACAGUUCACCCAAAACUGAAUAUUCUGUCAUCUUUUACUCAUAUUUGCUGAAAAAUUAUGAAAACAUGUAAUCGUUGACUUUAUUUGUUUUCCUAAGUCAAUGGUUACUGGUUUCUAACAUGACCUUCUUUUGUAUUCAACAGAACAAAGAAACCUGUAAAGGUUUAUGUGCAUAAGUUUGUAAGAUCAAGGAUGAUGCAAGAUCUUGAAGCAAUAGCAAUUUAAAGAGAUAGUUCAGACAAAAAUCUAAAUUCUGUAAUCAUUUAUUCAUCCUCAACUUGUUCCAAACCUGUUUGAGUUUCCUUUUUUUCAGAAUAUCUUAGUUUGUGUUCGGCAGAAUAAAGAAACUCAAACAGAUUUGAAUCAUUUGAUUCAUUAUCGUGUGAACUAUGUCUUUAAAUUAAACCAUCAUGUGCCAGCAUACACAAUAAAUUCCUUUACUGUGAAUAUUGAGUGUCAAAUGUGUGUGUGUGUACAUAUAUUCAAUAUAAAAAAUGAAAUCAUUUGCUUCAGACAGUGCCUCGUCUGACACUGAGGCACGUGCCUAGUUUUUCAAUGUGUCACUAGAUGUGCGAGUGUUUACAUGUCAUGACCCAUGAUCACAACAGUCAUUUUCACUGUCUGUUUAUUCUGUUUUCCUUCUGCUUCCUCCAUCCAUGCUCUGGUGCCCAUAAUUUUUAAAUUUCAGCUGGUAAGCACGAAAAGCAACGCCGUCAUACCACCAGAAAUGUGUAUAGGGCUACGUUUCCAGAAUGAGCCUGUGUUGCAACAACAACCUAGCCAAUAGAUCACUUUAAACUAUUAAAAAUCUUAAUAAAAGUCAUUUUUUCUAACUGUUCAAGGUUGAAAGUUGUUGGAAUAAAGAUCAAGGACCCAAAAUGAAAUUCAAAAGCAUAAAUAAAUGGGGAAAAAAUUUAAAUAAAAAUAAGUAAAGACAUGAAUCAAAAUACGAAAAACUGCCAAUUUUACAGUGUAGCUUAAAGAGACAGUUCACCCAAAACUGAAGAUUCUGUCACCAUUUACUCACAUUUGCUGAAAAACGUUGAAAACCUGUAACCGUUGACUUCCAUGGUAUUUGUUUUUCAAAUGGUUACCGGUUUCUAACAUGACCUUCUUUUGUAUUCAGCAGAACAAAGAAACCUGUAAAGGUUUGGAACCACUUGAGGGUGAGUAAAUAGUGAGUAAAAUUUCAUAUUUGGGUAAACUCUCCCAUUAAAGCCUCUAUCCUAAAAUGUGUGUGCAUUUUUGAGUGGCAUUACGUGGGAGUGUGCUAAUGUAAAUGCAGGCUCGAGUACACUCAAUAGAUACUUAGCUCUAAAAACAAAAGUAAUAUAACAGCUAGUCCAUUCCUGUUGAUCAACCUGAGAUAAAUUUAGAACUGUAGCUCAGAUGCAGAACGCAGUGGGCACCAGCAACAACAGCAACUUCAUAAAAUUCUGUCGGCGGUGCUUCCUUUAGAGAUAAGCUUGCACACAUUUCACACUUAUCAUAGCAGAUAAAAAUAAAAUGAGAGAGUUCGUUUACUUGAUGUGGCUUGUCUUUCAUAUAGGUUUGUAAGAUCAAGGAUGAUGCAAGAUCUUGAAGCGAUAGCAAAUUAAAGGGAGAGAUCACGCAAAAAUUACAAUUCUGCAACAAUUUGUUUACCCUCCACUUGUUCCAACCCUGUUUGAGUUUGUUUUGAACUCAAAGGAAGAUAUUCUGAAGAAUGCUGGAAAAAACAGACAUUGACUUCCACAGAAGUUUUUGUCCCUGCUAUGGAUGUCAAUGGAUGCUGGUUUCCAACUUUUUUUCAGAAUAUCUUAUUUUGUGUUCAACAGAGUAAAGAAACUCAAACUGAUUGGAGUAAAUUAUGAUUCACUUGCAAGCUAGGCUCAUUUUGAAAACGUAGCCCUAUAUACUUUUCUGGAGAUCGCGAAUUAUGUAUCCAGAGCUACGUAUGGCUGCAUUUUGUCUUUAAAACGAACGCUACGGGGUGGAAUGAUGCCGUUCCUUUUCGCGCUUACCAGCUGACCGCUUACGUCCAUAUGGACGGCUUUCCCACUGUUACUAGUUUGUCCAGUGGCUUGAUGUAUACGUUGCAGGAUUUGAGAUGCAGAGCGGAGUUGACUGUGACGACUUGCUUUGAGUCCGGUGAAGAACAGUUCCAGAAUGCCAAAAACAAAAACAAACGCCAAAAAAACAAACCAAUAAAUAACAGGGUGAGAUUGUGGUAAAAUAUGAAAACGUAGAAAAAAUAAGGCGGCCGUGAGGCCUGGAUUACUUUUCAAAACACUGCGGUUGGGUUUAAGGAAGUGGGUGGGCGCUGGUCAAUCGGUGCUUUUUAAAACACUAUCGGUUGGGUUUAGGGAAGGGGGUGCAUGGGGUGAUCGAUCAGUUGGUUGGCCAGUCAGUCAGACAGUCAACAGCUGCCUCUGGUAAGCCUAAGGUAACGCCCAUGCUACUGUGAUGGUUGAGUUUAAGGUAGGGGGAGGUAUAGGCGAUCGUCAACUAUGUAGCAGACAUUGUAUCACCCACUAAAGUAACGCUCAUGCUACUGUGAUGGUUGGGUUUAGGGUAGGGGGAGAAGUAGGCAGUCGUCAACUACAUAGCGGACCUUGUACCGCCCACUAAGGUAGUGCCCAUGCUACUGUGACAGUUGGGUUUAGGGUAGGGGGAGGUAUAGGCGAUCGUCAACUACGAAGCGGACCUGGUCAACUACACCAUCAAGCUGUGGGCUGCAGCGAGGACUGUCUGGACUUGCAGGACGUAUUUGGCGCUCUCCAGAAAUGUAUGUAGGGGUAUGUAAUCAGAAUGAGCCUGGGUUGUUCUUUUUAGUGUGAACUAUCCCUUUAAAAUAAUCCUUCAUGCGCCAGCAUACAAAAUUAGUUUCUUUACAGUGAAUAUAUUCAGUGUCAAAUGUGUGUGCAUAUAAAAAAAUGAAAUCAUUUGCUUCAGACAGUGCCUCGUCUGACACUGAGGCACGUGCCUAGUGUUUUAAUGUGUCACUGGAUGUGCGAGGGUUUAUAUGUCAUGACAUAUACACUUCCUGCAUGAUCACAACAGUCAUUUUCACUCUUUGUUUAUUCCAUCAGACUGUUUUUCUUCUGCUUCUUCCAUCCUGGUACCCAUAAUUUAUGGAUCCCCCCAGCUGUCUUACUAAAUAGGCUUCACUUUUUGACAUUAUCUGUGGAAGUGUUGUGGACUGUGUAACUCUGUCUGUGUAAUUGCAUGUAUCUCGUAGCUACAAGGUGUUUAUCAUCUCACAGCUCAGUAAUCAUAUCUACAUUUAUUUCUGUCUGCUAGUUGGAGUGCUUGAGUCCUCUUUUUUCCACUGAUGAAUCUGCCAGUUGGAGCGUGUUUAACAGUGACCUUUACUAAGCCUGCUUUUUAUUCAGUGGAUACGAUGAUGAAUUUUAAAAUAUGAAAGUUAAGUCUUUUCCUAAAAACAGCAUGGCCUUUUGUGAACAUGUAAUGUAUUUUUACUUGUUGUAUUAGCAAAUAUGCACCUUUUUAUUUCAGAUAUUUUUUAUUAUAUUAACACACAAAAGCAAUAUAAUGGCUUUUUACUACUCAGUUAAAAAUACCCCAACAAAUAACCCAAUUUAUUAUAGCACCUUCCCAACUAUGGUCUACUUUAACCCAAUGCAUUGGGUUAUUUUGAUUAAAUGUUUUUUCCCAUUCUGGUAUAAUGUAAUUUUAUAAU